UUUUGAUUUGAGGAAAAAUCGGCAAGGAUUGUUGACGAUUUUUAUUUGAUUGUUCUGCUAAUUAUUUCGUUGUAUUAUUUUCAAUUACUGAUAUUUACUCACAGCUAAUAGAUAAAUUGGUGGUUAAUUUCGUGUGAAGAAGAAAAGAAAGUAAUCCCAAGAUUUUCACAAUGGGUGACUCCCAGGAUCAGAACGAACCCCCGAAGGACCCAAAAGAGUUGGAGAAACUAGAGGAAGCCAAGCUGAAGGCAAAGUUCCCAAAUGCCAUGCUGGGACGUGGACCAGGAGGACACUCAGCAUUCUUGCAGAAAAGGCUUGCUAAAGGACAAAAGUUCUUUGACUCCGGCGACUACCAGAUGGCAAAGCAGCGGCCAGGGAACCUAGCAGCACCUUUCAAGGCCCCAGCCGUUCCCGCUAAGCAGCCGACGGGCGAUGCCAUCCCGACACCAGAAACUGUGCCCGUUCGCAAGACCUCCAUCAUCCAGCCCAAGUUCCAGACAUCCUAGCCCGCCGUUAAGUGACAAUCUGAUUUUGUUUGUUAGCCUGGCCAGACUUUCGGGGAUGUUAAAACCAUUUUUUUGGUUACAGACAUUUGAUCUUCAUUCUAUAGUAUUUUUCAAACAGGAAGGGUAUGUUUAUAGAUUUAGCGUUUUUAGGUUAUAAAUUGGAUGGAGAUGACAUCUAGCAGCGUAUCUGUUUGAUAAAUAUUAUAGUUCUCUGAUUUUACAGGCUUGGAACUAUCACUAAAAAUUGAGUUUCUUACAGCAAUUUGUGUCUUAGACUUGAUCUAGGUCGGAUCUUUAAUCAUUGAAUACCCAAAGCAUGGGAAAUAUGUACUUACUGCUUGGCAGUCAAUUUUGACGUGACAAAAACUAAAUAAAGUUGCUUGUUUGACUCAAAAUGUAUUGAAGUGAUUAUCUCAAGAUUGACUUCCAAGGAACAGGUAAUUUCUUCUUAUUCAUUGUUUUGAACUGAUUUUGAAGUCUCAUAUUGUACUGAAGUCUAUCGUUAGACUAUGAAAUGAAUAUCUGGCCAUGUCUUACCCAACCUCGACAUUGGCAGAAUCAUGAACAUCUUGAUGGAGCCAUAACACACAAAGUUGAAUUGAAGAUUCUCUGUUAGUCUGGAUGGGUUCUAAUUUUUAUCAAGACUGUUUCUCAACACAAUUUUAAAUUCUAAUAACAAUCUUUCCAACCAGAAUUUAGAAACACUCUUGAUAAUACACAAUAGAAUUUAACAAUUUAUAUUUGCUUUUCUAGAUGUAGAACAAAUAAAUGGUGACUGCACUACAUUCAAUGGUUGCCAACCCAGCAAGCAAACGAGAGAUAUUUUUGUCACGCAAUUAUUCCAAUUUGAUUUUUGCUAAGGCUUGCAUUGAAAUUUCCUAUAAGCACCAUUUUUUUCAGGGUCCGAUUACCAGGCUGGGACCUUAGGCUGUCUUUGGGGUCCAACCUGUACUUGAUCAGACCCUAAUUUUGUGUUAGUGUGAAACAUCACGUAAGUUAAGAAUGAAGGUGGCCAGAGCUGGAGUUCCAACGACUGUAGAUCCUGUAGAUCGUGUCAUCCACGAAUACGCGAGCCUUAUGACUCGUACGGUAAUGUUAUUAAAGGUUACAUUUGACCAAUCUGCUGUCGUCAUGAUUGACAUGAACUAUAAACUAUUGCAAAUAGCCGGGGAUUGACUGAACUAGACAUGUUUCUAGUUUAGUUCUCUCCAACAGCAUGUAGCGACGUAUUUGUUUAGCUCUUAAAUGUGGUAAUUGAUAAAUUAACUUAAAGUAAAGGGUUUGCCACUCCGCAUACAAACAUUAAUCCAUUUUACUUAAUUAUUUUGUUUAAUUAUGAUGGUCUCUUUACUAGAGAUGCAACGACUAGUGGCUUGGCCGAAUAGCCGAAUAUUCGGCUAGAAGUUUUACCUAAAAUAAAGUAAAUUCGAACGCGCGCGUGCGUGCGCUGUGCAAGUUGCAACUUGUUUCUCGCUGUAGGCAGUCUUUGAUAGAAAUAGCGCUUGUUCUGCACGCAGUGCGUAUUGAAUUGCAGAUCUUGUGGUGCGUUAGUUUACGUCGUGUGUAAAAAAAAAUAUUUUGUAUUAUUUUCUCAUAUUUUUGCACUAUCUGUGAAUAUAAAGGUAGUCUGAAAAAUUACACUGAUCUUAAUUGAUUACUUGUAGUAUGUUACUUUGUUUACCCUUCGUUUACCGUUUUCUACGUGUUAACGUACUAUUCGGUAUCCGGCCGAAUAGUAAAAUUGUGGCCGAAUAGGCCGGAUACCAAAUAGUGGCCGAAUAUUCGUUGCAUCUCUACUCUUUACUCUCCAUUAAAUACAGUAUAAUGAUUUAACACUGCAAUUUUCAGUUACCCAAACUUCUCUUGAGAACUUUAAAGAUUGUCUUGAAAUUUUUUAGAAAGUUGAAUUUUCAAACAUUUCAAACGUGUUCUUGGCUCGAAGGAACAACCAGCUCCGGCGGACACCACUACUUCACUAAGCACUGAUUGUUGAUGUAUUAACUAUAUACAUGUGAUUAAUGUUCGGUCGUAAUUAGGAUGUAUGUUGAAUUUUAAAUCUUAUAAGAACAAGCGUUAUAUUUUUAUGUAUAAAAUUUAGGCAUAGUCCUUGGGAUUUGUGUACAUUGUCAUACGUGUUUCAUUCAAUUUGUCAUUUACAUUAGCAUCAUUGGUCCUUGGGAAUAAAGAUUGGUAACAAAACAUUUGCAACUGCUCCAUAAAUUGCAACUACGGGGUAUGGGGUGUUUUCUUAACGGUUCCAAUAAGUUCCUAGUACAGUAUGCCGUACACAAAUUUUGUAUCGCACACUAUGGCUAAACGUUAAAAAACAUCCUGAAACUUGGGCCGAUUCUUAUCUCGUUUAAUUUUUUUCUCAGAUUUCGAUAGAUGAUAGAUUCCAUGCAAUAUAAUAGAAAAUUUUUACUGUGUCCUACAAAAUGGUCCUCUGUGUUUAUAUUUAUUUAUUUAGACACAUAAUAAACUUACAGUACAGUCACCAAGUCGUUUACAUGUUAAACCUUAAUUCAUAGUCAAGUUAUUGUAAUAUAAAAAUGUCAAAAAUGUAAUACAAAUAAAAUCAAUAUAAUUUAUAAACCAAUAAAAAAAAAAUUUCUAACAAUAAAAGACAAAUUCAAACGAAAACGAAUAGUAUUUUCGUGACGGAGGCCGACAUUCAUUUUUGGGACCCACUGUGAUGUAUUUAUUCCUCCUUAUUUGGUCAGUUUAUCAACAUCUGACGAGAAAAAAACUACAUCAAAAUAAUAAUCGGCACACUUACGUGUUUGAAAUGAAAACCAGAUAAUUACAAGUGUUUAGUUGUUAUUCUUAAGGAAACCCACUUCAUCUAAAUACUUGCCACCUGCAUCUUGUAUUAGCACAUGAAUGUACAUACAUAGCCAUAGCGUAGCCCGGCCUGGCUGGUAAUCAUAACUGUACGUUAGACCGUUCAAUCAUGUUCACAUAUCAACCGAUAUGAAUUGGGUUUAGGUCUUUCCACCUAGGCGGAGGUGAGAGACGCACGAGAAUCAACCAACCAUUGGUAGUAGUAAUCCAGCGUAGCGGAGAAUAUAACCAAGGAGAAUUUGAAAUAGAGGUGGAGGUGGAAAUUUAGUGCCAUCUUUUGACACAUUAUUAAACUUAGAACGCCAUUUCACUUUGAUCCUUAUUCUUUCACUGAUAUGUGUUAAAUUUGUUAAAUGUCAAAAUCCAUCUAAUAGAUCAAAAGCCAAAGGUAUGUCGACAUCGUUUCGAGCGAUGACGCCAUAACCAUUAGUUUGUGCCCGGUAAGAUGGCGCCACUUUUUGAUAUUGAACAAAUUUAACAGAUAUCAGUGAAAAAAUAAGGAUCAAAGUCAAAUGGCGUUCUAAAAGUUGGCGAAAGAUGGCAGUAAAAUUACGCGGCUACAAAGUUUUCUUUGCCAAUACACCUCUAUUUCAAAUUCUCUUUGAUACAACCAAUGCAUUGCUUAAAACUCGCACGUCUCUUAUCUCUCAGUGGAAACGCAGCCUUAGUACAUAAUGCCACGUGUAUGAAUGUGAUAUGGACUAGUAUGAUCUGUUCAAUAGUUUAGGGUUCGAGUAGACACAUUUAAUUGGGUCCCUUCAUUUUGUGUUAAUCACUGGAGUAAACUUUGAUUUUAUAUUGAAUAGGGUCCACACAGAACGAACAUACUCGCGAGGCGAUUACCUUGACAAUUAAUUAGCUAUCUGCAAGAUCCUUGUCAAAGUCUUAUUACCGAUAAUCGCAAGUGAUUUUUUCGAUCAUUUUCAUUUAAUCGCAAGUGAUUUUUUUUCGAACAUUCAGCUUUUAAUCUGUCCAUUAUAAUGGUUGGUCCUACUUAGCAGGUCCAUUUGUUACAACAUAUUUAGAAGCCUCAACUGUAUAUUAUAGUAUUUGCGAUAUAAAUGCAUUUUUUAGUUUUUUUUUUACAUCAAAUGUUUCACUGCAGUGUAUUAAAAUACCUAGUUAGGGUUUGUGAAAGAGAGCAUAUUGUGAUUUGUUAGACCUGUACCCCAAAAGCAUAAAAUUGUUGUAGUAAUUCACCGAAUCGCAUUUCACCUCGAUCUCAUAUUUAAUUUUCGCAUUGUGUCUCAAUAGUUUUUUUUUUCUAGUGGCUAUAAGUUUUAGUCGCAUUUCACCUCGACCGUACAUUUAAACAUCGCGUUGUGACUCAAUCGUUUAUUACUUUAGUCGCAUUUCACCUCGAUAUUGUAUUGGCGACGUGAUUCAACGCAACGUCAACGUCACAUAGAUAACAUUUUAAUGAGUUUGAUAGCACUUGAGGCUUAAUCCUACAAGUACAAAACGUAUUUAAAAAAAAACACUUAAUUUUAGUGCAAGCUUCAAAUUAACGUAUCAAGUUAAAUAGAGUCCCAAACAAACGUCGAUCGCGGCGAAAUGCCUCUUCGGUAACAUACUACACGAAAAAUUAAAUACUACAAAUUAAUUAUACUAAUGUCAAAGGCUACGGGAAAAAGUGCGUCAAGUAAAAAAAUCCAGUGAUAUCUUUUUCAUUCAAGGUGAAAUGCGAUUCGGUGAAUUACUACAACAAUUUUAUGCUUUUGGGGUACAGGUCUAACAAAUCCAUAUUGUGUCGCCAUCAAGUUGGAAGCAUAUUAGACUCAAUUGAUUUGCAUGUCUUUGCCUGUGUAUAUUGGUAGAAAUAGAAAAUAGUUUGCUCUUUUAUAAUUAAUGGCGCCGAUAUACGAUGGAUUUUAUAUUAUAAACUAGUAUUUGCUACAGCUAUUUUAAUCAUGUUUUAUUUAAAUAACGAUGUGAUUUAGCAUCAAUGUAUCGAUGUUACUAGUGGUUGAACAGAAGAAUCUGCAGCGAACAGAUCAAAUUGUCUUAGUUUUCUUUUUUUUUGGUGUUCUUAGAGCGCAUUUUACACAGACGGACGAUAGUCUACCCAGUGGAAACGCAGCCUAAACAUGGAGAACCAUCGUGCGUUUCUGAAAUCUUUAGAAAACUAUCUAAUACAACUGUUCUGUUCUUUUUAAAUUAGUUAAUUUUUGAAAAAAAAAUGUGUAAGAUUUUGCUGUAAGGCGGCCUUUCCAAUGAGAGGAAACGAGCAGGAAUAAACCUCAGUGGACAGGCAGCCUAAAGCAAACCCAAGUAUGUCUCGGUAAACAUGUAACAUCGACUAAGGACCUCCUUGUCACACUGGCACAGUUGGAAAGGGACGGAAACCGAGCAUUGAUGCAACGAAUGCUUCGAGGCGUACAAUGUAAAAUGUUAAGGUUAGCCAUAAAUAUAUUCUUGGUAAAAA